GGAAAGAGGGAAGGAAUUGAAUUUGUAAAUAUAAUACCCGCAUAAAGGGGAAAGCUGCACGGUGUUCCUGCCAGUGUUUCAUCUUGAAUAACGCUCUUCGCGCGUGAAACUGCCUCGUGUCAUAGACGAUUAAAAGGAAAGUGAACAGUGCAGCGUGAAAAAAAAGGAACGAAAGGGCCCGUUAGAGAUGCGUGAAAAACGGGAUUUUUAAUAUGUCAAAAGUGAGGUCAAAGCGAGCACGGGAACACUGGAAUUCGAAGGAAACGCGAAAGAAGAUUAACCCGCCGUAAAUGUUUGACGCACAGCCUUUCGCGUCGUUCCCAUGAAAUCAGGGAAUAAUGGAGUUAAACAGUUCGACCGUUGCGAUUCUUGCAUCGUUCUCUGAAGGACCGAUAAUACGUUUUUAAUUAUUCCAUGAUUAGUCCAGUGGUAAAUUCUAGACAAAGGUUUCUCUCAGAUCAGCUUCGAUGAAAGAGGAUUAUUUUUAAACGAAAAUGAGGAGGCAAUCGAACAGCCCAAGCCUAAACGCAGGGAGUAGCAUUGGCGAACCACAAAUCAUUGUGGAGGAAAGCACGCUAGGCGAAGAGGAAGCGGAAGGGCGUAGAAACGAGUCACCUCCGCGAUCUCUCGAUCCAGAUUUGCCAUCCUUGAAUCCUGAUCUAUUGUACCCAUGGAGGGAGACCAGGAAACACUCUUUGCCGACACCACAAUGCACUUCCGGCAUAACUGCGUCUCAGGUGAGGCGAUUAAGCGAGCGCGGCGCCGAAGGGUCAGGACCAUCGCCGAGGGAGGCCGCUUUCCUGGCGACUCUGUCUCAAGCGCCGGCUCCUCAACCCGGCGGCAGAAGACAUUCGGUCGUAACGAUUUCUAAAGUGCCGCCAUCAACAUUAUUCGGCCGAAAUCGCCGCGAAUCUAUCGCCGCAUUUCCUAUGGGGGGUGCCAGAAUAUUGCCCAGCCGGCGUGACUCGAAGUCUGGUUUAUCAGGACCACCGAGCAACAGCGGGAGCACUCAUAAUCUUCAACUAGACAUUAUGGACAAUAUUGCGGAAAUUAAACCGAGAAAGGUUCGUCUGGUAAUGUACAAAACGUCGACGGAGCAGGUGUGCGAGGUUCAGCCGUUAGAAGGCAACAGUUCCUCGCAACGUUACACUCAGUACCAGAAGACGUCGCCUCUGCAAAGACGAAGCUCGGAUAUCCCGCGAGCCAUGAGUUCGUCCGUUUCCGGGACAACAGGUAUCGUCUGCUCGAACACCGAUCUGAUAUCGAUCCUGAGCUCGUUAGCGUCAUCGGCAACGGAGAUCAACCGGUGCGGGGAGGACGUGUCUGGCUCGCAGGAAGAGAGCAAGGGCUGGUCCGGGAAGACGACCGAGCAAAAGCGAAAUCGAUUAAAGAGUUUCCGCUCGAACAGCUUCGACGUGUUGAUCCUACAGGAAGCCAAAGAGAAGCUCGCAGAGUCCUCGAAGGUGGCCGCGUCCACCCUCAUGGCGCCCUCCAAUUGGUUCACCAAGAGGCACCAGCCGAUGUCGAAAAAACAGAAACCGGAGAGCUCAUUCGCGACCAGCUUGAACUUUAAACUCGAUAAACCGAAGGUUGUGAAAGCAGUGAAGGAGACGCUCGGUAAAACCGCGGCUAUAGGGGACCUCAGACACAAAGUUGUCUGGGAUGAUACCAGCGGCACAAAAGUGGACGCACAGGUAUUAGGUAGCGCGAUUGAGAAAAUACUAACAGCGCAAAAGGGAAGUGAUUCAGAAGCGUCCGGAUCAACCGGGAAACCAUCGGUAUCACCGAACAAACAAAAGGCUAGCAGCAAAGUAACCAGCUGGUUCUCUGGAAAUGCGAAGGAACAAGAACAAAACGAAUCCUGCGAGCAAUCGAUCUGUUCGUCGCUAAAAGAUCUCUUCGUUAAGUAAUGAGCGAAUACAUCGCUCAAUAAUUGGUCUAGAGACUAACACGACCUAAUAACUAAUGUUAUUAACCAUUGAUCCUAAUUUAUUGUAUUGUAAAUAAUUACUUUGUCCGUCAAUGCCUGGUGGAACCCAAAAUAUCAUGUUGAAUUAUCGGGAUUGAUUUUCUUUGUCACAGUCUACAGGGUAACUCAAAAGUAAGGUCUAAUGAACGUGGGUCCUAAAAUGGUUUGUCAUGUCGUCGCAUGCUUUUGGAUUCGUGUAUAUUAUUGCCGUUUUAAUAA